CUGAGAAACACACCAUCCGGCUUACGCUGGUGCAAUGGCUUUUCCUGCCAAGAGCGAAUUCAUCAUCUCCCUUGCCCUAAUUCUUAGCACCUGGGCAUGGCAUGCGAUGUCGGUCCGCACAUUGCAUGAAUCCACCACUGCUGAGCAGCAUGAGCAAUGGAUGGCCCAGUAUGGUCGGACCUACAAGGACUCAGGGGAGAAGGUGAAACGCCAGGCGAUUUUCGAGGAGAACUUGCGAUUCAUCGAAGACUCCAACGCAGCCAGGAAUAGGACUUUCAAGAUGGGCUUAAAUCAAUUUUCUGACUUGACCAAUGAGGAGUUCAUCCGGAGCCACACGGGAUACUUAUCAUCCAAGAAACCAAAGUCCCCCAAAUUAACGCCAUUGAGCCACCAACAUUUGACUGGGGAUGUUCCUGAUGGCAUCGAUUGGGUAAAGAAAGGUGCCGUAAAUCUGAUCAAGGACCAAGGCCAAUGUGGAUCUUGUUGGGCAUUCUCAGCAGUAGCAGCAGUAGAAGGAAUCUCGCAGAUCACAAGCGGUAAAUUGCCGGUGCUCUCCGAGCAACAACUAAUUGACUGUGACACCGAAAGCUAUGGUUGUGAUGGCGGUCUUCCUGACAAUGCUUUCAAGUACAUAAUUCAAAACCAAGGAAUUGCAUCUGAGGAUACAUAUGCGUACCAAGAGAAAGACGGGACUUGCAACAGGAGAAAAGCAGCCCAACAUGCAGCGCAGAUCAAGCAUUUCGCAGAUGUCCCGCCUGGUGAGGACGAGCUCCUGAAGGCAGUUGUGCAGCAGCCAGUCUCGGUCGGAAUCAUUUCCAGUGGGCAGGAGUUCCAGAGCUAUAGCAGUGGCAUCUUCAAUGGGGAUUGCAGUGGAGAGCUGGACCACGCGGUGGUCGUGGUCGGGUAUGGGACGAGCGAGGACGGAAUUAAGUUCUGGAAGAUUCGGAACUCGUGGGGCGAGACAUGGGGUGAACGCGGUUACAUGAGGAUUCAAAGAGGCAAUGGUAGUUCUAAAGGAAUAUGUGGACUCGCAUCACAAGCUUCUUAUCCAAUCGCACGAGAAUAAUCAGAACAUUUAUUCACAAAAUACAAGCACCAGGAGAUUUAUGAGUUUCUCCUAAUUUCCUAUUUAUAUAUUCAUGUGUCUAUCCGCGUUGUUUAGCUAUGUUGUGUAGCCACUAAACUAUGAGGGGGAUUACGUAUCAAUUCUCUUAUCGUGAAUUGGUUUCUUAUUUUACCUACAAUUCUGUCUACAAUGCAUACCAGAUACCUAUCUAUCUCUCUUUGCCUCUA